GCCGCCGCCGCCGCUUCCGCCGCAGGCAGCGGUGCGGUGCCCUCGCACGUAGGAGCUGCUGCCCGCGUUGGGGGCGGCGGCGGCCACUAGCCCCAGAGGGCACCUCAGCAGCGGCGGCGGCUGCCGAGUGGGGAGGAGGCGGAGGGCGAGGGCUGUCGCCCCGCGGCGGGUCACCUCCUGCGGCUGAGGGGAUUGCGGUGCCGCUUCCCGGGCCUGCGCCGGACUACUGGAGACGGGAGCAGUCUCGCCGUGCUGUCUGCGGAGUGCCGGGACAAGGGAUCGCCGCCAGCAGAGGAGAAGUCAGUCAUGUGGAAAACACUUUUUCCGCCUCGAGCGUGAGCAACAGAGCUCUGUAAUUAUUACGUCCCUGUGAUGUGAUGCAUCAAACUCAAAUGUGAAAGUACAAGGCAAAAUUUCACAUGGCAAUCACUUCCGUGCUACAGCAUUAAAUUUCUCUGAAGCUACUUCUGUUGGUACUGGAUCUACGUAUGAUCUCUGUUUACACAGUGAGUGAAUUGGUAGUCAAGAAGCAUGUUGGGAGUACUUAGUAACAGCAGAAAAGCAGGAAUCUGUGGCAGAGCUGCCCUUUGUUGAAAGUUGUGGAAGGCUCUCUAGCACUUUUAUUCAAUGAUUAAAUUCAAGACAUGGGGCCAAUGAAAUACAGGUCAAGUGUGUCCUCGGUGUCCUGUGGUCUGCAGUAUCACCAUUCAUUGACAAAGUGGAGUCCGAAAAGGAAUUUACACAUAAUGCGGACUUACUGCUCGUCAGCACCAAAGAGACCCGAAGCCAAGUCUGCGCUAGAAAUGGCCAUGGGGCUCUUUCAUCGGCUGACGGAAGCUGGGACCAUCAUGGGAAAAAACUCCCUACAAAAAAUAUCUGCAACGUGCAAGACCUGGUGGGACAGAUACGAAGAGUUUGUUGGAAUUAAUGAAGUUCGAGAGGCUCAGGGAAAAGUGACAGAGGCUGAAAAUGUCUUUAUGAUAGCUCGAGGGAUAGUGCGAGAGGCUCGUGAAAAUGUAGAAGCCCAACAGAUGAAACUGAAGGAAAUUCGGGACCGCUUAGACAGGGUCUCUCGGGAUGACACCCAGUAUUUAGAACUGGCUACUCUGGAACACAGGUUGCUGCAGGAAGAGAAGAGGUACCGAUCUGCGUAUUUAAAUGCAGAAGAAUCUGAGAGAGAAAAAUUCUCUCUCUUCUCUGCAGCUGUACGGGAAAGCCAUGAGAAGGAGCGGACAAGAGCUGAAAAAACAAAGAACUGGUCUAUUAUUGGUUCUGUACUGGGAGCCAUUAUAGGUGUUCUUGGUUCCACCUAUGUUAACCGAGUAAGGCUGCAAGAAUUGAAAGUCUUGGUACUCGAAGCACAGAAGGGCCCAAUAAAUUUACAGGAAGCCAUCAAAGAACAGGCCUCCAGCCAUUACUUACAGCAGAAGGAUCUCAGUGAGGUCAUAGCAGACCUGAAAAGUGUGCUGCAAACAAGGACAUCACAGGAAACAAAAGAAGGUGCUUUGUUAACUAGAGAAGACAGGAAUGACUCCAUAAAAAUAGAUUCUCUUUUAAUUCCUUUAAACGAACAGCUCAACUACACUAAACAAGUCAGUUCAUGUCUAGGGAGUUUACAACAGCAGUUUAACAAUCUGCAGGAAAGUAUAGCACAGCUGAUUUCUGAGAUGCAGAGCAUUAAAGUUGCAGUCCAUUCUAGACCUACAGGAGUGACACCACGAUCUUCAGUGGAGGGUAAGAAUCAAGCUUCUGCCCUGAGAGAUGUCAUUUUAGAGUUGUGUGAUACCGAGCGAAGACUCGAAACCCAAAUCAAGAGAAAUUCUAUUUACAGCACUGCAUUGACAUGUGCCAUGUUUGCUCUUACUCUGCCAGUGCUCUAUAUUAUACUGAAAGGGAACUGAUCUCUAAUUAAUUGCCACAAUUUACUAGAUUAAUAAAAGUAAACUUGCACUCUAAGUACAUAGAGUACAAGUCCAAAUGAAGCUGUGCUAGCAUUUCUCAUUAUGCUUUCUCCUGUACUUCUGAAAAACUUGUAAAGACUUAGUUCAUCUGCUGCUGCAGGCUCUGUGUUAACAGUCUUUGUCAUGCAUCAUGGUUUUUAACUCCUCAAGCAAAGGAAAUUCCAUCAUUGAUUUCAUUCACUGUUUCACUCCUUUGCUGUCUAGUCUUGUAUAUUGUGCUAAGCAGCCACUUUCAUUUUGGAGAUGUAUUUGUGAUUUUCUGUUCACAUUGAUUCCUGUAAUCUCUUAUUGAUCAAAAUGCUUCAUGUGUAAUCCUGUAUCAUUUUGCCCUGAUUUCUUCAUAGUUUUGCAGUUUGUCUAUAUACAAAACAUGAGGAGUCAUUUUACCAGAUAGAAAUAUUUUCCCAGAAGUUCAUGGUGUGGUUUGGUUUGGGUUUUUGUUUAAAUUCUAGGUAGAAUGUGGUGACUUGCAAGAUGACAAACAGCAGGGGCCAGGAUUGAAUGUUACCAGUGAUUGAGGAUUGAAGUUACCUGGGUACAAUGAUGCCACAUGAUGCACUUAAAAUUAUUUAAGAUACAUUUGGUAAAUUGUUGCUAAGGCAGUUUGUCAUGAAGUAUCCAAAAACAUUUCUGGAGCUUCGAGUCUUUGUUACUAACAGCUCAGUGUCCUUAAAGGCUUACUGGCCAAGAAAAGGGCUCAGGCACAGAGAUGUUUUCAGUAUGCUAAGUUUGUUCUGCCAGUGCAAGCUAAUUAUUCUUUCUCUAUGGACUCCUUAACCCAUCACUGCCUAGGUAUUUUGUGGUUUAAUCAUCUAUGGAGCAAUCGCUUUCUUAUCCUUACUAGUAUCUCGUGGGAACUUUCUCUGGUUUUUAUUCUUUUUUCAACUUCGGCUUGUCUGGAAAUUGCAAUACUGCUCUACAGCAGGUGCCUUUAACCUGGUACAUUAGUGGGAAUGGCAGGGUACAAACGACUCCAAAAUAAUAUUUGGGAAAAAAGUGAAAGGUCGAGCUGCCUGCCUUUCCUGGAAGGAGGAAGAGUGGCUGAUUGAGGAAAAAAUGCUUGUCUAAACAGCUAAACAUCAGUACCUGUGUGUGGCCUCACACAAGGUUGUUGGUAUCAUUGUGAUAAGAAAUAGUUUUCUCCCUGUGAUGGUAGCAGAUAAGCAAAUCUGAGGUGGCAGUCCUGAUCUGUGAGCACUUCUGCACAGCCUUUGCUGAGACCUUUGCCUUUGUGUGAGCAUUUCAGAAUGGCUGAGUUGUGUUUAGUAUACAGACUGAUAUGGAGGGAUUUAUUUCUAGCAGCUCUUGCUGGUUUCUUUUGCCUAGUAACCGUAUUACAACAGUCUGAAGUUUUGAUUAUAAGCUCCUAAGACUUUAGGAUCUUUGGGACAGGGACACUUGCUCCAUGAAGCACCAACGUAAUUUCGUAUCGUUAGGUACUAUUAUAACGUGACCGGAUAAACAAACAAUCUUAGGAAAGAUCUGUGGUGAGUCACUACUUGUAAGGGUGAUGAGGUAUGGAAAAGGUGGUUUUGGGAAGGGCUUUUGCUGAUUUAUAUAUUGAUGUUUUAAAGUGUAAAGUGAGUAACAAGCAUUUGUCAGAGGAGCUGUUUGAUCUGAUGGCUUGAGAACUGGGAUUAAAAUUCUCACACACUUAGCUGCAUCAAGAACUAUACAUAUAGAUCAAUAUAAUUUUUAAAAUCCAGAAUAUUUCAUUUUCUCAUUUUGCAAGUAUUUUUAGAGAUUAUACUUCUUGCAAGAACUUGAAGAUUAGAAACAAGUAUGUAAUUAAAGGGGAAAGGAUAAUACAAUUUUUCUAUUUGUAAUUUGCUGACACUAGUCCUUGAGAAGUUUGGUCUGGUUUGGUUUGGGUUUUUUUGUUUUGUUCAGUUUAGGCUCCCCUUAUUAUGUAAGUAUCUGAAUUUUAGAUACUCAGCAUCACUGAAAAGCGUGGAUUGUGUAUACAUGAGCAUGGUUUUAAAAUGCUGCAUGUGUUAGGCAAUGAAACUUUAAAGUCAAGGCAAUACUCACUGGAUUGUACUUGAUGGCAUCAAAAAUGAGUAAAGAUCUGAGGUUAAACUUGUAUACAAUAAAUGAGGCAAUACAAA